AUGGGGUGCUGCUUCGGCGCCAUCUGCAAGAAGCUUUGGGGGGCCGAGGCCAUCGGAGAGGUCAGCUCCGGCCAGUCGGAGACGCUGCGCUCCCGGAAACGGGUGGUGAAGAUGUGCUUCAGCGUUUUCGUCAUCUUCGGCAUCUGCUGGCUGCCAUACCAGUUCUACUUCAUCUACGUCUACCACUAUCCUCAGAUCAUCGCGACGUGGUACGUGCAGCACGUGUUCUUGGCCUUCUACUGGCUCGCCAUGUCCACCGCCAUGGUCAACCCACUCGUCUACUACUGGAUGAACCAGAGAUUCCGGGUGUACUUCACCAGGGUGCUGCGGACCAUCUUCUGCUGCACGUGCGUCACUGGCAGCACCAACAGAGAUUUCACGUGGCUGGAGAGAGGAACGCCGGCGUACAGCUCUGCAUUCUCAUUCCUCCGACAAGCAGGCACUGUUCGGCGCAGUUCUACCCAGAUAACAGCACUCGAGGCAAACGACCUGGAGCUGGCGACGCCAUCUGCGACCGCCUGCGCCUGUCGCCUGCCGCAGGCGGUUACGCUCAGCCUGGAGGCGGAGCCGCUGGCGUCGGUGCCGCCCUGCGCCUCCUGCACCCAGAGCGCCGACCUGAUCGCGCUGCCAAUCACCGGCAGCGACGCCGACCGCAGUGUGAAGCUCAUUGGUCGGGCGGCACGCCCACAACACGUGUGA